AUGUACACCGGAAUGUUCCCCGGAAUGGUCUUCCCCGGAAUGGGCAGGAAUGGUGUUCCCCGGAUUUAUUUAUUUUCAAUGGAUCACAAACAAUGUUUGUUUAGUGAACAUGCUCACCAAACAUGGCCACUCUCUUCUUCCACCACCACCACCAUGCUCGUCACCGCCACCAACGCCACGCCAUCACCGUCACCCAUAGCCACCACCGCCAACAUCGCUCCUCGAUCAUCCAUGGCCGCCACGACCACCAACAUCAACCACAACACCCUUCAACAACAACGCGGCGACGCCAUGUCACGAAACAACGAGCGCCGUAACCCACGAAAACACCCAACACCCACGAAAACAAUGCCCCCAGACACAAAACGACACCCGACGGGCACAAAACGACGCCCACCGCCCAUGUACACGAGGUCUUAUCAGUGCCCCCCUAAUUCCUGCAGGAAUCCGGUCAUUCCUGCGGAUUCCGGUGGAUUCCGGAGGAAGGAAAUUUGGCAGGGAGGCCUGCCAUUUUCAUCAUUCCGACGGCAUCCACCACCAUCCACGAGUGCCCACCACGACAACCACGUGAACGCUGCAACGCCACGUCACAAAUCAAACAAGCCCCCCACGGCACGAUGGCAACGAUGCCCACGACAACAACGACGUCCAUGGCUACGACAACGACACGCGACAACGACAACGCGACAACGACAACAUGACAACGACCACGCGACAACGACCACGCGACAACGACAAUGCGACGACGUCCACGCGACAACGUCCACAACUACGACGACGGCACACGACGACGUCCACGCAACGACGACACCGCGACGACGACCACACGACGAUGACAACGCGACGACGACCACGCGACGACACAGGAUGACGACGUCGAUGGACGACGAGGCCCAGCACUACCCCCUUCCCCUUCCUUCCUCCCUCCCUUCCUUCCUCCCUCCCUUCCUUCCUUCCUGCCUCCCUCCCUUCCUCCCUCCCUUCCUUCCUCCCUCCCUCCCUUCCUUCCUCCCUCCCUCCCUUCCCUCCCUCCCUUCCUUCCUCCCUUCCUUCCUUCCUUCCUCCCUCCCUCCCUUCCUUCCUCCCUUCCUUCUUCCUUCCCUUUCUUCCUCCCUCCCUUCCUUCCCUUUCUUCCUCCCUCCCUUCCUUCCCUCCCUUCCUUCCUUCCUCUCCCCCUCCACCCUUCUCUUCCUGCCCCUUCAUUUAACUUAG